AAAAAAAAAAAGGAAACGAGUGCUAUGAGGGACAAUGGAUGCAGCCAGAACACAGCUACUCACUCACCAGGGGCUUAGACAGAAAGUGGAUUCUAGAAUGUCCUUUCCUCUUCAGGGCCAUGCCUGGCUGAAAGAUGACGAAGCGACACACUGUAGGCAGUGUGAGAAGGAGUUCUCCAUUUCCCGGAGGAAGCACCACUGCCGGAACUGUGGCCACAUUUUCUGCAACACCUGCUCCAGCAACGAGCUGGCCCUGCCCUCCUACCCCAAGCCAGUGCGGGUGUGUGACAGUUGCCACACCCUGCUCCUGCAGCGCUGCUCCUCCACAGCCUCCUGAGCGUCCAUCCUUGGGAGCACAGCCUCAGAUAGUGCCAAACUCUGUGGGUCUCCAGGAGCUUGGGAAUUAUAUGCAUUCCCGAGAAUCAAAGGAAAGAAUCAAAUUCUUGCCUGGCCACUCCAGAAGAUAGCAUGCCGGAACCAGCAGCUCUCACCUUUCUGUGAUUUAUACAGAAUUAAUUCCUCUGGAUGGAAACUUCCAUCUUACUUGGUUAUAUCAUGGCUCUGGUUCAGAUAUAACUUCAUGACUUUGCUACUAUCACUUUUC